AUGGAUUCUUUACCGGUAGAGAUCAAGCAUAUAAUAUGCCGCUUUGUCAAAGCGGAUUCGCACAAAGAUCUUUCCUCUGUGAGCCGGAUCAAUCACGCAUGGUACUACACUGCGGCCCCCUUCGUCUAUGAGACUUUGAGCAUCGCCUUUCAUAACGAUGGGAGACUUCCAACUCUGGUUUCCGAAGUGAGCAAUCAUACACACGGCGAGCCCUUUCUAAAAUAUGCCCGCAGACUUGAUAUUGUCUGUCUGCCAGAUCCGUCCCGGAAGACAACCAAAGCUCUCCAGAUCCGCGAUGUGAAGAAUCGAGCUCUCCAGUCUAUCGACUUCAGGUCCCCGGCCUCUGUCGAUACCUUUCUAGAGCAUCGGUUGAAGCGCUGUCAUGAUCAAGUUCUCCCAUUCUUGGCCACAGAAUCCGUUUACUACAGAGAGAGAAACUGGCAGCCGCUAGUUUCAUUGAUCGCCCAGUUGGAACGUCUGACCGAACUCAACUAUGUCAUCCAAAAUAUCUUCCCGUCUGAAUUGUUCGCAGUUCUCAACCAGCACCACCCAAGGUGUCGAUUAAAUGUCUGGACCCACCAAUCUUUGAAUUUAAAUCUGCCAUCUUAUGGAGACCCAUAUCCGGGACCUCCAUCCAAAUUCAACGACCCGUUCGAUCUAAAUGUCCUCCGCUCAUCGCAACUCCAUGCUUUUUCAAUGUACCACUCUAGACCACCAACUCUACCAAACAGUUCAAAGAGGGCCCAAUUAACGGAAACCCUCCUCUUCGCCCUUACAGCUCCAAAUCUCAAACAUCUUUCUUUCCAGGACCUGGGAUACCUGACGACAGAAGAUAUGUUGCGAGUUAAAAGGAAAUGGCAAGAGCUUUCUCUCACAGGAAACUUCAUGCCGAGAGCAUUCCUCGAUUCACUUUCCUUCGACGCCCAUCCGCCCAUGAGCCCUUGGGAAGAAGUCUUAUCAAGCAUGUCCCAGCUAGUCGAUCUCUCGCGCCUUCGCUCCCUCGAGAUCGGCGUAUACGGCAAUCCAGCCAUACUCAAAAAGGUCGCCUCGGAACUCCACGGACUUGAACGGCUUUACAUCAACAUGCACCCAUGGAAACUCCACCAUGAAGACAUCCACGCCGAUGACGAGCAAAUGGUCGCUGCAGUACAAGCCUUCCGCCCCCUCCGCCAUCUCUGCCUCGAGGGCCUACGAAGCUUCACCUCACUCCGCGAAAUCCUAUCCCAGCACGGAAAUUCUCUAAAAGGCCUCCUCAUUCAAUCAAGCACCCACAUCCGCCGACUAUCCAACGUCCUCGACACAGGCUUCAAAUACCCCAUCUGGACCUCCGGCCAAAUAACCGAGAUGUCGCAAAGCUGCCCGAUCCUAGAAGAACUCUGCCUCCCCAUUAAACGCAGCGAAGGCAGUCCCCAGGAAUGCGGGCUUUAUAAAGAGCUCGGCAGCUUCUCACAACUACAUACCCUGGUCCUGGACUUGCACUACGACCCGCGCUCACGACCAAUAACCCCCUGGCCCAUCGAGCCCGCAACAGAACCAGACACGCUCAGAAAAACUUUCUCCAACGCAGCCGUGGACGAAAUCCUCGUCUCGAAGAUCUGGCACCUUAUCUCGUCAAAUCAGUCCAGUCGGCGUCUGAAGAAUCUCCGAAUUACACCCGUUGGCAUGGAAUUCUUCGAUAAACUAGAACAACAGGUCCUCAGCCAACUGGGUCGAUCAUUCCUCGUACGACCGCCACGCGUCGGUGAAGUGGAGGUGCAAAUUCAGGAAAUCGGCCGGAUUGCCUGGGAAUUGUGGUGGGAGAGUCAGGUUCGUGAUGAUGAGGAGUCGAGUGUUGUUCCGAAACCUGUGGAGUUGGUCCUCCGCGAGUUGUGGCCUAAUGUGCGGCUGGAGAAGGGGCUUGUUACGGGGUGGCAGAGUCUUUCUUUGCAGUAUUGGAAUGGGGAAGGGUCUUCUUUGUCUUCGGGGACGGGGAGUCGGAGGAAUUGGCAUCGGGCUAGGACUAUUUAG